UGGCCCUGCUAGCCUCCUCCAACUCAAUUUGUCAAACGCUAUGCGUCAAAAUUCCAGCUAAAUGGAACUAGAAAACAAACUAGACGAAGAUUUCGUCUUCUACCUCGGCUUCGUCAACUCUUACCUUAAACAUGUGCGGGACAAAGACAUUCGCUUUCACUGCGAACAAUGGCUCCAGAAACUGUGCGGAGAGCCGUGUUACGGUAUUGAACAAAAAAGGGGACGUAACAUCUACUUGUCCCAACUACUUCUGUGCAUGCAGACUGGAAUUUUCGGAAAAGAGUUUCAAGUGCCUGUCAAUGAAGUGAACGUAGCCAACGCUAUCGACAUUUUCCAGCUAGCACAGGAGGACGACGCACUGGAGCUUCCCAUUUGGUUGGAGGACAACGAGGCGGAUGUUGGGGCGCGUGGAAAGGACGCGAAACAAGGGAGGACUUACAUGGCUACUAGAACAUUACCGGAUGGACAAGGCGCUUUUGCUUACGUAGCUGUGAGUUUGGAGGAAGAAGAACCCAAAUGGUUAGGAGGAGGCGAAGGCCUCUUCGAUCGGCAUAUGGAACAAAAAUUCAAAGAAGAAGUACCCGAGUACGAAAUGGAGAAGAUCCUCGCGAGGAGAAAGGAUCCAAAAGAGAGAGAAAAAGUUGUCACUUUCUACAAAGUGCUUUUGUCAAAUAUAGAAGAUGAACUAGAUGAGAAAGUCGCGCCUGGGGAGAACGAGACGAUAGUAGGACUUUUAGAUCAAUUGGAGCAAGACUUAAAGGACCGUGGGGAGUUUGAACCUUUCGAAGACUUGAGCCCCGAAAAUCUAAGAAUUGAAAUGCUUUUGCUUCUCCAUGAUAGAAUUCAACUUAGGAUCAACAAGGUGCUCAAACGCGAGGAAAUCCUCGACGAAAUCGAACGCAGCGUCCUCUCAAAAUCGGUGUUUGAAACCUCAGUUACUGCCGAAGACAAGUUCCUGCUACCUGCGUACAUGUGGGAGCAAGCAAUUAACAAAGCUCCAAAUAAGAAACAUCUGGAGAGAUUAUUUGAAGUCUACCCCGCGAUUCUAAUCGAGAAAUUCUUGCAGCUGCUCUCUGACCACAAGGAAGAAAUAGCCAAACGAAUGCAGCGCCGCCACGAGAAUAUCGCUGCCCAAAUGAAGCACGCAUUGCGAAAAGAAGACGAAAAAGGAAAACGAGUAGUCGAUCAAGCUCAAACAUCGUGCAAUCUUGCUUCUCAAAUACACAAAGCAGUGAAGGAAGCAUACACAAAGAGGGCGGAUGCCAUUAAAAAGAACGAACAAAAGACCGCGAUACCCAAAUCUGCACACUCUGAGCUGUACGAUGAGAUGAGAGCUGCAUUGUUUGACACGUAUAAGUCUGUUGAAGUCGAGGCUCAACGAGGAAAGAUGUUGGCGGCUCAAAUUGGAGAGAUUAACGAGCAGACGGAGCAGUGUUCCAAAGUCACUGAGGAGAAUGUAAAGAAGAUCGAGGAGAAGAAUAUGGAUAUAAUGAAGAAUAUCAAGAGGUUAAAUGCUGCUAUUGACAAUCAGCAGAAAAGAAUCGAUCAGGUGCAGAAGGUGGGGAAGAAAGCUAGUGCAGCAGACCAGUUUGACGUCUUCUUCUAAAAAGAUACACAAGUUGUGACGAGAUUUUUCGAUUAAAUAAAGUUUGCAACAUUUA